UUACCCUUACCGUGAUUUUGCCAAGUCCAGCUCCUUUGCGCAUGCACGAAUAUCUGCGGGAUACAGAUACACAGUUUCUGCUCCACAUUCAGUUAUACUAUACCGUAGCGCGUUCAGGAAGGAUGCUAUUUCUCAAUAAAAACCGAGUGCUUUCUUUGGUCGUUAAUUUUAUUUUUCUUAUCAUUCUCAUUUCAUCGAGCGUCCAAGCAGAUGAGAGAAACAUAAACAAGCUGCUGAACAACCAGGUGGUGGUCAGCCGCCAGAUUAUGUGCAUCCUCGGCAAGAGCGAAUGCGACCAACUGGGCCUUCAACUUAAAGCUGCCCUGCCAGAAGUUAUAACCAGGAAAUGCAGGAACUGCUCGCCUCAACAGGCUCAAAAAGCGCAAAAGCUGACCACAUUUCUGCAAACUAGAUACCCGGACGUUUGGGCAAUGCUUCUAAGAAAGUACGACAGUGCCUAAAUGGCAUUUAAAUGUUAUUCACAUGCAUCGAAUAUAAUAAACUAGUCUCGACAUCAUCCCUAGCAUUUGGUUUUGUAGCUUAGGGGACUUUCUAAGGAUUAGGCGGCUGAAAGAAAUCCCUUCUUUAAAUAAAACAUGGCUUUGUACACAUGA